AAUGAAUCACUUCAACGCGGGGCUGGGGUGUGAGGUGUUGUGUUUGUCCCAGGCAAGAGCACAAACACCUCAGGACUCAUUAGAAAUGCCAGGGGCGGGGGCUGUGGCUGGAGCGCAUGGGUUCAUCCUAGCAGCAGCCUCGCAGCCCAUUUUCCAUGUAUUAGACCUCAGAAAGUGCCGGGCUCUGCCCUCUCAGACUCCAAAGGAAAGUUUGAGGUUUUACAUUUCUGUUUGUGGUACAGGAAAAGGCGUACGAUCUGAGGGCUUGAUUCAGUGAAAUAACAUUGCCUUCAUACACAUUUGCUUCGCAAGGAGGGCAGGAGUUGCAAGCAACCGUUGUGAAAUGUUAAAGAUUUUCUGGCAGAGGGAAAAGGAUUUUUUUUCUCUCCCUCCCUGCGGAGGAAAAACAGUUCUAACGAGGAGUUACUUUGUAGUUUUAACUCCCAUUCAAAUCUGAGCUGCGGUGGACCCCCUACGACAUCUGGCUCUGCUUGGUGGGACCCUUCUGGGCUCUCCCUCGCCCUCCAAGCCCUGCACUCAUGAGCUCGCAGAGAAGAGUCUUCCCCAGAAGGGAGCCGGGGACUCAUGAAGUGGUGGCUAAGCCCAGUUCAGCUGCCUCCCGUCCGCUUAGGGCUAGAGACCAGGAAAGGAAGAAGAGCAGCUUUACUUCCUCUUUGAGGAUGGAGCCACACAGCCGUUCUGCAAAGAGCCGAAAAUCCACCAAGUUCCGGUCCAUCUCCCGCUCCCUGAUCCUCUGUAACGCCAGGACCGGGGACGAUGGCUCCAGCCCUGAUGAGAAGUACCCCGAGCCCUUUGAGACUCUACUGGGCCAUGGAGAGGAGGGGAGUUUCCACUCUUCUGUGCAGCUGGCAGACACAUCAGAGGCCAUACUGACCUUGGAAGCUGCUCAGCUCCAAGCAGCUGGGAAUGACCGAGGCAAGAGCUGUAGGAGAAUGUUCUUCAUGAAGGAAUCAUCCACAACGUCCUCUAGAGAAAAGCCUGGAAAACCAGAAGCACUGAGUAGUAACUUCCUUUUUCCUAAAGGCUGCCACCAGAGGGCCCGCAGCAACUCCACCAGCGUUAACCCCUAUUGCACAGGAGAGAGUGACUUUCCCAUGAGCAGGAAAUCAGCAGCUUCUACAGACAGGCAGCCGAGCUCCCUCUGCAGCGACAGGAAGUCCCUCUCCCAGCAGCUGGACUGGCCUGCGGGAAAGGCUGCGGGCCCAUUGAGACCGACACGGUCGCUGAGUACAGCUCAGCUCGGGCAGCCAUCGGCAGGCUUGCAGGCUUCAGUUAUCUCCAACAUCGUGCUGAUGAAGGGCCAGGCCAAGGGCCUGGGAUUCAGCAUCGUUGGGGGACAGGACAGCAUUUAUGGCCCCAUUGGGAUUUAUGUCAAAACCAUCUUUGCAGGUGGAGCAGCGGCAGCUGAUGGAAGGCUACAAGAAGGUGAUGAAAUUCUGGAGCUCAAUGGAGAAUCUAUGGCUGGGCUGACUCAUCAGGGUGCUUUGCAGAAGUUCAAGCAAGCCAAAAAGGGGCUGCUCACACUCACAGUGCGCACUCGCCUGACAGCGCCCCCCUCCCUGUGUGGCCACCUGUCACCCCCGCUGUGCCGCUCCCUGAGCUCCAGCACCUGUGUCGCCAAGGAGGGCGGUGGCCCCUUCACUGUGGACAGCCCCAAGCCUCCUGCCAGCACCGCCAAGCCCAGUUACAGAAUCAUGGUGGAGGUGUCCCUGAAGAAAGAGGCCGGUGUGGGCCUGGGCAUCGGCCUGUGCAGCGUCCCCUACUUCCAGUGCAUCUCGGGGAUCUUCGUGCACACGCUGUCACCAGGGUCUGUAGCUCAUCUGGAUGGACGGCUGCGGUGUGGAGAUGAGAUUGUGGAAAUCAAUGACUCCCCUGUGCACUGCAUGACACUCAAUGAAGUCUAUGGGAUCCUGAGUCACUGUAAUCCUGGUCCUGUUCCCAUCAUCGUCAGCCGACAUCCAGACCCCCAGGUCUCUGAACAGCAACUCAAGGAAGCUGUGACUCAAGCUGUGGAGAACAUCAGGUUCGGAAAGGAGAGGCACCAGUGGAGUUUGGAAGGUGUCAAGAGGUUGGAGAGCAGCUGGCAUGGUCGGCCCACCAUGGAGAAGGAGCGGGAGAAGACCUCGGCCCCCACGUUCCGCAGGGCGCAGAGGGCCAUGGUCCGCUCCAGCAGUGACAGCAGCUACAUGUCAGGGUCGCCAGGGGGCAGUCCCUGCAGUGGCAGCGCUGAGCAGCAGCACUCCUGCUCUGAAGGCAGCACACACAGCCCAGACCCGGCCCCGGGGCUGCGCCAGGAGAGCCCAGCCCUGCCCAGUGGUCUCAAUGGCCACUCGCCACUGAAGCUGAAGAAGUCCUUUGAGAUCCUGGUGAGAAAGCCCACAUCCUCCAAGCCCAAGCCUCCACCCAGAAAAUACUUCAAAAGCGACAGUGAGCCCCAAAAGAGUCUGGAAGACAAGGACAACUCCUCAGGCCCUUCUGGGCACAGUUCACCCACCUGUGGCCAGGAAGGCAGCGAGCUACUGCCACUGCCACUGCCACCGGAAGACACCACGGGGAGAGCCCCCAGUACUGUCGCCAGCUGCCCAGGACCUGCAGUCAGCCCACAGGCCCUGUUCUCCUCAGAGGGUGAGCCAGGGAGGAGAGUCAGUCCAGUGACACCAGGAUCCCCCAUAAAACCCCGGCUGCUGAAGAGGCAGGCUCGAAUGAACUGUAGUUUUGACACCACCACUGAAGACCCCUGGGUUAGGAUUUCUGACUGCAUCAAAAACUUAUUCAGCCCCAUCAUGAGUGACAGCCAUGGCCACAUGCCACUGCAGCCCAGUGUCAGCCUGGGUGAAGACAGCACACAGAGUCUUCCGGAUGGGAGCCCUCCCAGGCUGGACACUGCCAAUGGUGCACCCAGGGUUUACAAGUCAGCUGACAACAGCACUGUGAAGAAGGGGCCACCUGUUGCCCCCAAGCCGGCUUGGUUUCGUCAGAGUUUGAAAGGUCUGAGGACUCGAGCUGCAGACCUGAGACGGCUUCCUGACUCAGCCUUGUCCACCCAGCCAACCCCUGCUUCCAGAGAGUCCCCCGGGGCACUCCCACGGACCACCUCCUCCAUCAAACAGAGAAUCAGCUCCUUUGAAACCUUUGGCUCCUCUCAGCUGCCAAAUAGAGCAGUCCAGAGACUGAGCCUCCAGUCCUCUUCUGGGGAGGCCCCCAAGCCUCCCGGGAAGCAAGAGGGAGGCCGGGCUUCCAGCCUGUUGGUUCGAGGGGCUCCAAUUUCUGCCGAGCACAGGCAGCCAGGGCAGGAGCAGGUGUCCCCAGGUUUUCUUGUGGCCUCAGAGGCCCACACCAUAGGUGUGAUCACAUCCCCUCCCACAGGGCAGCAGCCUGCUCUGAAAACUGUCUCCACUGCCCCUGACCCUCUCAUGGGGCUGCUGGGCACACAGAGGGAGGACACUCCAGGCCACAUCCUCAAGAUGCCCAGUCAGCGAGCACGGAGCUUCCCUCUGACCCGGACCCAGUCCUGCGAGGCGAGGCUGCUGGACGAGAAGACCAGCAAGCUCUAUUCCAUCAGCAGCCAGGUGUCCUCAGCUGUCAUGAAGUCCCUGCUGUGCCUCCCCUCUUCGUUCUCCUGCAGCCAGCCAGCUUGCAACCCCAAGGAAGGAGCCACUCCAAAGCUACUACCCAGUGAAAACUCUGCCACAGGGAGCUCCGAGUCUACAACCUUGGACACCGGAUUCUCGCUCAAUCUUUCAGAGCUGAGAGAAUACACAGAAGGUCUUGCUGAGCCCAAGGAAGCCGAAGAUGGGGAUCACAGCUCCUCUCAGUCUGGCCAGUCAGUCAUCUCUCUGCUGAGCUCAGAAGAGCUGGAAAAACUCAUCGAGGAAGUGAGAGUUCUGGAUGAAGCAACCUUGAAGCAACUGGACAGUAUCCAUGUCACUAUCUUGCACAAGGAGGAAGGAGCAGGCCUUGGGUUCAGCUUGGCAGGAGGGGCAGAUCUAGAAAACAAGUUGAUUACGGUUCACAGAGUGUUUCCGAAUGGGCUGGCCUCUCAAGAAGGGACAAUUCAGAGGGGCAAUGAGAUCCUCUCCAUCAACGGCAAGUCCCUCAAAGGGGCUACGCACAGUGAUGCCCUGGCCAUCCUCCGCCAAGCUCGGGACCCAAGACAAGCUGUGAUUGUCACACGACGGACGACCCUAGAGGCCACACCUGACCUGAACUCCUCCAUGGACCCUGCAAUAUCGGCUUCAGCAGCCAGUGAUGUUUCUGUGGACUCGACCACAGAGGCCACGGUAUGCACGGUGACACUAGAGAAGACGUCUGUGGGGCUGGGCUUCAGCCUGGAAGGAGGGAAGGGCUCACUGCAUGGAGACAAGCCUCUCACAGUCAACAGGAUUUUCAAAGGAGCAGCCUCAGAACAGAGCGAGACAAUCCAACCUGGAGAUGAAAUCCUGCAACUGGCUGGCACUGCUGUGCAGGGCCUCACACGAUUUGAAGCUUGGAACAUCAUCAAGGCUCUGCCCGAUGGGCCUGUCAGGAUUGUCCUCAAAAGGAAAAGUCUCCAGGUCAAGAAGUCCUCAGCUGCUGAGGACCUCUAGGGAGGGAGGGCGCUAACACAGAAGCCAAGGGCACACAGCCUCCAAAAUGCUGAUUCUCAGGGUCUCUGCUGCCCACCCCACCUGGCCUGGGCAAAGCCCAGGGGUGUAUCCUGCUGGCUGCUGUUCCAGUCUAGACCUUCUGGGACACCCCUCCCCCAUAAGGCUGUCCCAAUGUGAGGACAGGGUCACAAUGGGAUGGCUGAUAUAAACUUUAGACUGUGUAUACAGCUUAGUGAUGAUGUUAUGGUGCCAUAAUAAAAUGCA